UUUUUAAUUUGGCUACUAGGAAAUUUUAAAUUGCAUAUGUGGCUCAUGCUGUAUUUCUAUUUGACAGCAUGACUCUGAGACUCAGAUCUGAGUGCAAAUUAUGGCUGCCCAUCUUCCUACUUGUGUGCCUUGGGCAAGCUAAAUAACCUGGCCAAGAGCUCAGCUAAUAUCCUAAUGGCACUGAUGUCACAGAACAGACAGGAGGAAGAAAUAAGAUCCUAUGUUUCAGUGUGAGGAAUACAGUCAUCAUAAAUAAAGGCUGGCUGUUGCUAUUUUUCUUCCUCCUCCCCACACAGGGUAUUUGCCAACCCCUCUGGAACUCUGUGGCAGGCCAUUUGAGGCAUCACCAGUGAAGUUGCCUGUACCGUGUUCUCUCGGGCACAACCACCUUAUCUGGGUCCCCACACUCUCCUGGGCUGGCUGAUACCUCCAAUCGCUCUGGAGACAGCUAGUCAUAUUGCAGGGAGGCUGGGGUGGCAUCACUGCUCUGUGACUCAGUCUUCUUCCUGCCUCCCAAAAGAAGAACGAUCCCUUUCAACUGUAGAGGGUCAAGAUGCCACCACUUUCCUUCUGCUGUGAGUGUCUCUGGAUGGACCGGAAGGAGCUGCAAGUCUCAGGUCAUGGAUACUGGUCCAGAGAGUAACUAAGGCCAUCUCUGGAAUGCUGUGAUCCCUUCUUCCUCCUCUUCUUCCUCCCCCUCUUCUGUUAUUUCUCUGUCCCUGACAUUGGAGGGUGUGUAUCUGUUCCUUUGGAAAGAGGACAGCAGAGCCCUGGCCACCAGAGAUGCAAGUGGUGCCUUGCCUUUGUGUUUGCGCGCAUGCCUGUGUGUGUGUAUCCAUGACGCUGUCAGUGUGUAUUUAAGAUGUACCUGUUUCUGACUGUGUGCACAUGUGGGUGUGUGAGUGUGUGUCCUCACUGUUCUCCUAGCCCUUUUUUCUCAUCCAAGCAGAGAGAGUGACUUGAGGAAGCCAAAGUGCAGCAGCAUCAUGGCUUCGGUCGCCUCUGUGACCAGCCUGGCAGAUGAGGUCAACUGCCCCAUCUGCCAAGGAUCCCUGAGGGAGCCAGUCACCAUUGACUGUGGCCACAAUUUCUGCCGUGGCUGCCUCACCCGUUACUGUGAGAUCCCGGGCCCAGACCCUGAGGAGCCUCCCACCUGCCCACUUUGCAAGGAGCCUUUCCGUCCAGGGAGCUUCCGGCCCAAUUGGCAGCUGGCCAGCGUGGUAGAGAACAUAGAGCGCCUCAAGCUGGUGUCCAGGCCGGGCUCAGAAGAGGACACCUGCCACGAGCACCAGGAGAAAAUCUACUUCUUUUGUGAGGAUGAUGAGAUGCAGUUGUGCGUGGUGUGCCGGGAGGCCUGGGAGCACCGAACCCACACUGUACGCUUUCUGGAGGAUGCAGCAGGUCCCUACAGGGAACAAAUACAGAAGUGUCUUGAGUGUCUAAGGAAAGAGAGAGAGGAGGUUCAAGAAAUCCAGUCAAGAGAAAGUCAAAGGAUACAAGUCCUCCUGACUCAGGUGGCCACAAAGAGACAAAAAGUGAUUUCUGAGUUUGCAUAUCUGAGCCAGUUCCUGGAGGAGCAGCAGAGCAUCCUCUUAGCCCAGUUGGAGAGGCUAGAUGGGGACAUCUUGAAGCAACGGGAUGAGUUUGAUGUCCUGGUCGCUGGGGAGAUCUGCCGGUUCAGCUCCUUGAUCACAGAACUGGAGGAAAAGAAUGAGAGGCCAGCAAGGGAGCUCCUGACGGAUAUCCGAAGUACUCUAAUAAGAUGUGAAACCAGAAAGUGCCGGAAACCAGAGGCUGUGUCCCCUGAGCUGGGCCAGAGAAUUCGGGACUUCCCCCAGCAGGCCCUCCCACUGCAGAGGGAGAUGAAGACGUUUCUGGAAAAACUUUGCUUCGAGUUGGACUAUGAACCAGCUCACAUCUCUCUAGAUCCCCAGACUUCCCACCCCAAGCUCCUCUUGUCUGAGAACCGCCAGCAGGUUCGAUUCUCCUACAAAUGGCAGAACUCACCAGACAGCCCCCAGCGUUUUGACCGGGCCACCUGUGUCCUGGCCCACCAUGGUUUCACAAGGGGAAGACACACAUGGGUGGUGAGUGUAGACUUGGCCCACGGGGGCAGCUGCACUGUGGGUGUGGCCAGUGAGGACGUACGGCGGAAGGGGGAGCUUCGGCUGCGGCCAGAGGAGGGGGUGUGGGCCAUGAGGCUGGCUUGGGGCUUUGUCUCUGCCCUGGGCUCCUUCCCCACACGGCUCGUCCUGGAGGAGCAGCCCAGGAAGCUGCGGGUGUCUCUUGACUACGAGGUGGGCUGGGUGACCUUUGUCAACGCUGUCACCCAGGAACACAUCUACACCUUCACUGCCUCCUUCACUCGGAAGGUCUUCCCCUUCUUUGGGCUCUGGGGUCGAGGGUCCAGUUUCCUCCUGAGCUCCUGAGAGGAUCAAGUUACCCUCCUUUAAGUACAGGGCUCAAAGAGAUGACCGUAUGGAUUUGACCUCUGGCUGAGUCACCUGGAAGACUUGAAACAGAAAUUAUUGCUUUAGAUGAUAUAGUAUAGUCAGGACUUUAA